CUAAGGCCGGAACUGAAAUCGCACUAGUUAUCCGUCAGCGUACGCUAACCUAAUUGCGGCGCAGCCGCUCCCUCGGGGAGGAACCGCGGCCGCAAUUCAUGGAACAGCACGUGGUGGAUGACGAGAGCGGCGCUUAUUCCGAAGGCGUCCCCUCGACGCCGGCUUCUCGGCCCUUAGCCGACGAUGUCUUGGCCAACUCGACCGCGAUCUGGGCAAGUUCGCGCGACGAGUCGCUGGCGCACAUCGAAAUCGCCGUUCUGGCGCUCAUCUUCACCUUCACCGUCGCGGGCAACGGCUGCGUUCUCGCCGCGCUGGCGGCGCGCCGCUGCAAGCUGACGCGAAUGUACUACUUCUUGCUUCACCUGUGCAUCUCGGACCUCACCACCGCCUUCUUCACGGUGCUUCCCCAGCUGGGCUGGGACGCCACCUACCGCUUCCGUGGCGGGGACGUCGCCUGCAAGUCCGUCAAGUUCGUCCAGCUGCUGGGACCGUAUCUGUCCUCCUACGUGCUCGUGGUGACCGCCAUGGACAGGUACCAGGCCAUCUGCUUUCCCCUGUCCAGCUGCUCCUGGACCCCGACGAAGUCAAAGAUACUCGUGUCGGUCGCCUGGGCAGUGUCGCUGCUGUGCUGCGUGCCGCAGGUGUUCAUCUUCAGCUACCAGGAGGUGUCGGCCGGAGUGUACGACUGCUGGGGCACCUUCAUCGAGCCGUGGGGUCUGCGAGCCUACGUCACGUGGUACGGCGUGUCGGUCUUCUUCGUGCCCCUGCUGGUGCUGUGCUUCACGUACGUGUGCAUCUGCCACUCCAUCUGGCGCAACCUGCGCCAGAAGAGGGAGAGCUCGAAGGCCGCGGACGGUGCCGCUACCACCACCGUAGUCGUGGACGGGCCCACGCGGGCUGUUCGCCGCGCCUUCCGCCUCAAAGGUGCCGCGCCAAACAGGGACAGCGCCGUGGCGCCCUUCAUGGCUCCUCGCAGCCACUCGGUGCGCGGACUGUCCCGCGCAAAGAUCAAGACGGUCAAGAUCACCGUCGUGGUCAUCGUGCUGUACAUUGCCUGCUCAUCGCCGUUCAUCUGCGUCCAAAUGUGGAUGUACUGGAGCCCGUACGCCAACAUUGCCGAUCCGUGGACGAAUGCCACGGUGACCAUUCUGAUGCUGCUCAACAGCCUCAACAGCUGCGUCAACCCGUGGAUCUACCUCUUCUUCAACCGGAACCUGUUACAAGCGCUGCGGUCGCGCGUGUGUCGCCAGUGCUCGUCGCACAAAGGCACCGACUCGAGCGCCGCCUCGAGCCUGGUCACUGCGCCCUGCUCGCGUCCCGCUUCGACCAGCAAAAGCACUUCCUCGAAGCACGUGACCUUUUUGAGGUCACACACUGCCCGCGGUGUCGGACGAAAAGUGUAGCGGCAGUCAACGCCGGCACGU